CCUAAAAUGUUCGAAGCUCAAUCCGGACACAGAAAUAUCAAGCCCAGAAAGAGAGAUCAAUUGCCAGGUUUCUUUUAGGCCACAAGUUGAUUAAGGUGGUUCAGGUAUGUUAGAGGCCAAGGAAGUGUAUUCGUUCUUGCUCUUUGUGAAUGGGUGGUUGUGUCAGCUCUUCUCCCCCUGCUCCCAACCAGUCCUCCUAUCUACAAGCAGUCUCAAUACCCAACAGUAUCUUGGCAAAUGGUACUUCAUUGCAGCGGCUGGUGUGAAGGAGUCGGAUGUGCAGAUGUUCAGACAGAUGGACAGCACUGUGUUUUACCUGGAUGAGACCUCUGAAAAUGCACUACUGUUGACCGGAGCCAUGCGCGUGGGUGUUCAUUGCAUUAUGAAAAACUGGACCUACACUAUUCAGUCUGGCAAAGAUGAUUUGACAUCAGAAGGCAGGCCUGAGCUGCAAACUCUAGUGUGGAGUGGAGAGUGGCUGAACUGCACCCAGUGUAUCCUGCUGCAGGAGAUAGAGCGUCACUUGGACCCACUAGAGACACACGACACCCUCAACAGAUUCAUGCUUUACGCUCGUGACAGUGCCUUAUUGGAUAAUAAAGUGGUGACGGCGUUUCAGACCCAAACAGCUUGUAAAAACAUGGACAGAUUUGUCCAUCUCCCUCAAGAGAAAGAGCUUUGUAAAUUGGAGAAUAAGGUGUAGCACUGAGGCAACCUGAUAUUUGUUGGAAUCUUCAAUCAAGAUCAUGCUAUGCAUCAAAAUAGGUUUCCUUUUGAUAGUUUAAUUUUAGCGUAUUGCCCACUCUAACUUUGAUCUAACUCAGAAACGUGGAACUAAUUCUCCUCUCAUUUCCCAUGUAUAAUAGCAAAACAAAUAAACAGAAAAAAGAACAGCUAUACAAAGUAUGAUCCAAAGUCUCAGAAUGGUUAGAAUAGCACUAGUGACUCAUGCUUAGACUUCUUAUCAAGUUAUCAAGCUUUCUAAAAGGGUCUAUUUCCAGGCAAAUUUUUCACUUUCACACAUUUCUCUUAUUGUGAGGGAUCAUGUAACUGUCAUGGUUCAGUCAUGGUUCACUGAACUGCAUUGUUCCACUCUUUGCCUACCUCCAUCAAUGGAGGCUGCUGAGUGGAGGAUGGCUCAUAAUAAUGUCUGGAAUGGAGUCAAUGGAAUGGUAUCAAACACUUCCAUGUGGUUGAUACCAUUCCAUUGACUCCAUUCCAGCCAUUAUUAUGAGCAGUCCUCACCUCAGCAGCCUCCACUGACCUCCAUCCAAAUACCAUUGAUAUACUAAGAUAAUAAUCCAUGGCUAGUUUAUGGGGGAGGAGCCACCCACGUAGUUACACUGACAGUGCAGGGGAAAUUCCCAUGAUGCUGCUGACAGAGCAGAAGCUCAGAGAACACAGUUGUUCACAACUAGAGUGGUCAUCAACAGUUCUCUUCUUCAUUUGCUUCAUUAACCCACUGUUCCUAGGCCGUCAUUGUAAAUAAGAAUUGGUUCUUAACUGACUUGCCUAGUUAAAUAAAGUUAAAAUAAAAAUACAAAAUAAAAUUAAAAAUACAAGAGGAAAUUGAGAAUUCUUUGAGUUAAUAGUUUCUAAAAAAAAAUGGAUGUAAAAUAGCCCGACUUUCAUCUGCACUGGCAUCAGUGACAAAGCACAAUGUCCAGUACUUGACAUUAUCAGGUUAUGUGGGUGUUUACCUGUAGCCUCAAGGAAAGGCCAAACAACAGUGUCCUUAUGCUUAUGUAACAUUUUGAAUCCUAUACUGUAGCUCUGGACCCGUAUUCAUAAAGCAGAGCAGGAGUGCUGAUCUAGGAUCAGUUUCGCCUUUCAGAUAAUGAAUAAGGUUACAUAGAGGGGGAACCUGAUCCUAUCAGCACUUCUACUCUGAGAAGCUCUAUGAGUAAGGGCCCUGGUUAGAAAUGAUUGACAUACCAGGGGUUGCGACCAGUGACAGGAGACACGCAAUGGCUGAGUUAGACAAAGUCAACAUGUAGCUAACAACGUCACCAUUCAAGUACCUCUGUGUUUCAACUAUGCCCGGGGCUUAUAUGAAUGUCAGAAAAUAUCCCGAAAUUAUGAUGAAAUCCUUGUCUCUCCAUUUAUCUCUCUGAUUUACGUACUUUCAAAGACUUGUGACGCAUCAACAUGAAGACACUUGACUUCCCAGAUACACUUUGGCAUGAAACAACUUGUUGAUCGGCAGAAAGUACAGAGGGCAGGGUGAGAAUGUACGUCCCAUCUCCGUCAGAAUGACUUUAGAUUCUUACCUUUCUCUCACCUGUACGAUGUCCAUAAUAGGACAGCCUCAAUCUCAGCAGGACUUGUUUCAGUAAGUUAAUAUAGUCACUGUACAGCUGAGGUUCUAUUCCCAGUUUGUUCCUCUUUUCACUUCUGGAUCGUUUCUCAAAUAUCAAUGCUAUUUACAGUAUAUGAAAGAAUAUCUUGUCAAGCCCAAAAAUAGGCAGUCAAACUCUUCCCUGCAAAAUAAUUCAUUACUGUCAAACGAUGGUUCUUCCAGCCCACCUCUAACAUACCUGAUUGUUGAUGAGCAGUUCACUAGUAAAACACUAAUCAGGCGUGUUAGUGCUGGGCAGAAACAAAAACAUGCACACCCUUUAGCUCUCCCUGACCAGGAAUGGUGACCACUGGUACAUACCAAUAUUGAGCCAAACACAUCUUCGAUGCUGCACAGAUUGAAAUAAUUUAUCUAAAACUGAACAGAAACUGAACCAUUAUCUAAAACUGAACAGAAACUGAUCAAUGAUCUAAAACUGAACAGAAACUGAACAGAACAUAAUUAGAUGGAUGCCAGAAGGUUUCUGCUUUCUACAACAGCAGUGCCUCCACUUCUGCAUUUCAGGAAGAUGGGGGAAAAGACUAAGAGGCAAACAUGAUUGAAGGCCUUGUCUGAGAAUUGUGCCUGCGUUGGGUAAGCACCUAAACCAUCUGUGUGUGUGUCAAGGAAAGCACAGGCAGGUUGAUUGAGGAUGUGCCGUGGAGCUUGAAACCAAGAACAGGAAAGUUACAUAGAAAUCUACCAGCAAACACUCUCUCUCUCUCUUUCACUCUCUCUCUCUCUUUCACUCUCUCUCUCUCUUUCACUCUCUCUCUCUCUUUCACUCUCUCUCUCUCUUUCACUCUCUCUCUCUCUUUCACUCUCUCUCUCUCUUUCACUCUCUCUCUCUCUUUCGCUCUCUCUCCACUUUCUAAAAGUUACUUUCAGUCCUGUUUAUGAGUGUUCAGUGUUCAACUUCACGUAUCUGCAUUUCCAUACCCUAUGACUACUCCCAUACCCUAUGACUACUCCCAUACCCUAUGGCUAUUUCCAUACCCUAUGGCUAUUUCCAUACCCUAUGGCUAUUCCCAUACCCUAUGACUACUCCCAUACCCUAUGGCUAUUUCCAUACCCUAUGGCUAUUUCCAUACCCUAUGACUACUCCCAUACCCUAUGGCUAUUUCCAUACCCUAUGGCUAUUUCCAUACCCUAUGGCUAUUCCCAUACCCUAUGACUACUCCCAUACCCUAUGGCUAUUUCCAUACCCUAUGGCUAUUUCCAUACCCUAUGACUAUUUCCAUACCCUAUGGCUAUUCCCAUACCCUAUGACUACUCCCAUACCCUAUGACUACUCCCAUACCCUAUGGCUAUUUCCAUACCCUAUGGCUAUUUCCAUACCCUAUGGCUAUUCCCAUACCCUAUGGCUAUUCCCAUACCCUAUGGCUAUUCCCAUACCCUAUGGCUAUUCCCAUACCCUAUGACUACUCCCAUACCCUAUGGCUAUUUCCAUACCCUAUGGCUAUUUCCAUACCCUAUGGCUAUUCCCAUACCCUAUGACUACUCCCAUACCCUAUGGCUAUUUCCAUACCCUAUGGCUAUUUCCAUACCCUAUGGCUAUUCCCAUACCCUAUGGCUAUUUCCAUACCCUAUGGCUAUUCCCAUACCCUAUGGCUAUUCCCAUACCCUAUGGCCUUUUCCAUACCCUAUGGCUAUUUCCAUACCCUAUGGCUAUUCCCAUACACUAUGGCUAUUUCCAUACCCUAUGGCUAUUCCCAUACCCUAUGCAUGUAAAGUCAGAUUGAGUCACAGUGGCUGCCAGCUGGUGUAUGAAAUCAUGAAGAAAACUCCCUGUCAUGUUUUUGUGCCCUUCGAACCCGCUGACACUGACCUAUAAAUAUGUAAGGGAAAACACAUGCCGCCCACAUCUGUCAAUGUUGUGCCGUACUCAUCUUUAGCCUAACUAGCCUAUAGUUCCUUGCUACAGGGAUGAUAGUGGUUCUGUCACCUUCUCUUUUCCCGUACUGUCAUACUUCAGUAAAAGUAAAGAUACCUUAAUAGAAAAUGCCUCAAGCAAAUGUGAACGUGAAAGUGAACUGAAUUUGAAAACUGAAUCUAAAUGCAUCUGAGAUGUUGAAUAUGUGAAACUAUGGUAAAUUUGAAAUGAUAGUUUGUAAACUUGAUACACAGACAAUGAAUACAAUAUCCACCACAUUGAAACAGAAUAUAUAAAUAUUGAAUUAGAAUUGAAUUGUAAUAGAAUUUUAAAACUGAAUGCAAUAUUCAUUUAAAUAAUUUUAAAAUCAUGAAAUACAAGUUCAAGUUAUUAGUUCAAUGAUUACAUUUGUGCAUUACAAAUGUAAAAAUAUUGCAUUUAAAUUCAAUAUCUUAAUGCAAAUAAAAAAGUAUUGAAUUCAAAUACAGUCACUGAUAUCGCUCUGUAAUCGCUCUGAUAUCGCUCUGUAAUCGCUCUGUAAUCGCUCUGAUAUCGCUCUGUAAUCGCUCUGAUAUCGCUCUGUAAUCGCUCUGUAAUCGCUCUGAUAUCGCUCUGUAAUCGCUCUGAUAUCGCUCUGUAAUCGCUCUGUAAUCGCUCUGUAAUCGCUCUGAUAUCGCUCUGUAAUCGCUCUGUAAUCGCUCUGAUAUCGCUCUGUAAUCGCUCUGUAAUCGCUCUGUAAUCGCUCUGUAAUCGCUCUGUAAUCGCUCUGUAAUCGCUUUCUACUCCCAUAUAUUUUCCCUGACACCCAAAAGUACUUGAUACAUUUUGGAUGCGGAGCAGGAAAGCGAUGGAGCGAUUACAGCGUGAUAUCAGAGCGAUUACAGCAUGAUAUCAGAGCGAUAUCAGAGCGAUUUCAGAGCGAUAUCAGAGCGAUUACAGAGCGAUUACAGAGCGAUUUCAGAGCGAUAUCAGAGCGAUUACAGAGCGAUAUCAGAGCGAUUACAGAACGAUUACAGAGCGAUAUCAGAGCGAUUAUAGAGCGAUAUCAGAGCGAUUACAGAGCGAUAUCAGAGCGAUAUCAGAGCGAUUACAGAGCGAUUACAGAGCGAUAUCAGAGCGAUUACAGAGCGAUUACAGAACGAUUACACAGCGAUAUCAGAGCGAUUACAGAGCGAUUACAGAGCGAUUACAGAGUGAUUACAGAGCGAAUACAGAGUACAUAUUUUCUUUAGGAAUGUUAGUGGAGUAAAAGUAAAAGUUUAAAAAACAUUUUGAAAUAGUAAAGUAAUCAACAUUAUUUUUUUUUAAACGCUGAAAAUGCGGUGUUUCUAUGUCAAGCGGUUUUGUUAUUUUUCUGUCUACUGUGAUGAAUAUAAAGUGUAAUAUUGGGAUGCAAACUCAUAAUUGAAUACAUUUAAACUAUAUCAUACAUAGUACAGGUGUCUUCUUUUUUUAAAGUCCAUAAUCAUUGUGUGUGAGGUGUAUACUUUGGUUUCACAGUAGAUUUGUUUAAGACUACCAAGAACACUCUGUGUAACCCUGAUUUACCCCACUGCAGUAAAAGGUUUUAAGUAGUGCUUCAAAGUACUUUUCUUAGGGUAAAUCCAUUUGAAUUCAAUCACUUUUUAACAGCAUCUCUUUUGAUUUAAACAAUGCCAAAACAUUCAGGAGAUAAAGGUGCUCAAAGUUGACCCGUUUUACAUACCAUACCAUGAGACAUCCAUGUCUACAUCACCGGAAAAUAGAGAGGAUGUAAAAUAGGGUCUAAACUACAACAUAUGGGAAAAGAAUCCGAGUUUAUGCAUUCAAACUCAAACGUUUGAGGUUUUUGUGUUGUGCCCACCAUCAGUUGAGACACAACAUGCUCUUGAAUACAGGGUGGGUGUCAUUUCAAUCAUACAAAUAUAAUUCAUAGAAUGGAACUAUCCCUUCAGACCACUGCAAUUUAGCUGGUACACCAUUGACAUUUUAAUUGAAUUGACAUAUUGACUACUAAUUACUACCACAAAGAUGGUCACUGGUCCACCCACUGUUGAAUGUAAACUUAAAUAUAUAUUCUAUUAUCUAUAUUUCUAUGAUUGCAAUAGGUUUCCUAUGGAAGAUUGACAGUGUCAUUUAAAAAACAGAUAUUCCCAUUCAAGACAAAGGAGAUGAUUGUGGACUACAAGAAAAGGAGGACUGAGCAAGCCCCCAUUCUCAUCGACUGGGCUGUAGUGGAGCAGGUUGAGAGCUUCAAGUUCCUUGGCGUUCACAUCACCAACAAACAAACAAACAUGGUCCAAGCACACCAAGACAGUUGCAAAUAGGGCAUGACAAAAACCUAUUCAAAAUGGGUUGCAUCACUGCUCUGCCGGUAUGGCAACUGCUCGGCCUCCGACCGUAAGACACUAACGAGGGUAGUGCGUACGGCCCAGUACAUCACUGGGGCCAAGUUUCCUGCCAUCCAGGACCUCUAUACCAGGCAGUGUCAGAGGAAGGCCCUAAAAAUGGUCAAAGACUCCAGAAACCUGGGCCUCCCUAGUGGCGCAGUGUUCUAAGCUGUGCCACUAGAAAUUCCAGGCUCUGUCGCAGCCGGCCGUGACCGGGAGACCCAUGGGGCGGCGCACAAUUGGCCUAGCGUCGUCCGGGUUAGGGGAGGGUUUGGCCGGCAGGGAUAUCCUUGUCCCAUCGCGCACUAGCGACUCCUGUGGCGGGCCGGGCGCAGUACACGCUGACACGGUCACCAGAUGUACGGUGUUUACUCCAACACAUUGGUGCGGCUGGCUUCCGGGCUAAGUGAGCAUUGUGUCAAGAAGCAGUGCUGCUUGGUUGGGUUGUGUUUCGGAGGACGCAUAGCUCUCAACCUUCGCCUCUCCCGAGUCCGUCCGGGAGUUGCAGCGAUGAGACAAGACUGUAACUACCAAUUGGAUACCACGAAAUUGGGGAGAAAAAGAGGUUACAUUUUUUAAAAAUUAAAUAAGACUCCAGCAACCCUAGUUAUAGACUGUUCUCUCUGCUACCGCACAGUAAGCGGUACCAGAGCGCCAAGUCUAGGUCCAAGAGGUUUCUAAACCGCUUCUAUACCCAAGCCAUAAGACUCCUCAACAUCUAAUCAAAUGGCUACCCAGACUAUUUGCAGUGCCCCCCCCCCCCCCCCACUCCCCCCUUUACACCACUGCAUAGUCACUUUAAUAACUCUACCUACAUGUACAUAUUACCUCAAUUACCUCGACUAACCGGUGCCUCCGCACAUUGACUCUGUACCGGUACCCCCUGUAUAUAGCCUCACUAUUGUUAUUUUACUGCUGCUCUUUAGUUAUUUGUUACUUUUAUUUAUUGUAUUUUUCUUUAAACUGCAUUGUUCGUUCAGGGCUUGUAAGUGAACAUUUCACUGUCAGGUCUACACCUGUCAACAUUCUCUGGUGUGUGGACUUUCGACCAUCUUUUUGGUACCAUUUGAAAGUAAAAAUUUUUAAUUCAAUUUUAUUCCCAUUUCAGUAAAUUUAUCAGCCAAAACAUGACACCCACCCUGUAUUCAAGAGCAUGUUGUGUCUCAACCGAUGGUGGGCACAACACAAGAACCUCAGAUGAAGUCAAAUAGGGUCUGAGCUACAACAUCUGUAUAUGCUAAAAAUCGGAGUUGACACGUUUUUAGACAAUUGACAUAUACGGUUAUAAAAUAACAAAUGUUAUACCCCCCAAAAUUCCAAUAAAUUAUUGAAUAGUUUGACACCCCUGUUUGUAAGCUUUUAAAUGAUUUCAAUCUCAACUAUUUGUCGUUUCCAGUGAUAAGGACAUGGAUGUCUCAUAUUAUGGUGGGGUAUAAAAAAUAUGGCAAUCUUUGAUGUUUUGGCAUCCAGGUCUAAGAAGUCACUUUCUGAACACUUCUACAAUGGGCCAGUAUGGAUGAAAGGUUUCGUUCAUAUCAAAAGGGGUGCUGUCAAAAAGUUUCUUUACCACUGUACUUGAUCUACAGUAUUUCAUAAGAUAAUGGAUAAAAUACCUGGGUUUAUUGAUUAUUUAAAAUCAUUUUUUGUUGUCAUAACAAAAAAACAUGUUAGAAAAGCAGAAGGGAAAUCAAAUAAAUCAUAGCCUGGGUGACAAUCUGUUUCUGCUCUUUUGCCAACUUCUUAUGGACUUGUCAUGGAGUAGGCAUAAGCAUAAACAGAUCUUGGACCAGGCUAAAAUACAUUUUCAUAGAAGAAUACGACAUCAUCAGUUGCUAAUUUACCAGUCCCAGGGUCAAUGUGACCAAAGUCUACCUAGACUUUGAGGUGGUUGCUUUAGUCCAUGAUGCUUUGCUCCACUUCCUCCUUUCUUUCCAACCACAACUCACAGUGAAGAAAAAAAGUCCAUCGCAUCGAGCCUCAACUCAAGUGAAAAAGGGGGGAAACCCUGUCUAAAGAACAUGUCUCUGAAAUGCAGCAUGGUAUGCAGCAGACAGAUUUGUUUGUACAAGGACACUACAAGACACACUAGGUGAGUUGAGAUCCUGGUCAUUGUGUUUCAUUUGAUUCAUAUCAAGCUACUCAUUUAUUUAUGAUGUAUAUGUAUAUUGUGGUAACACAGAAUUGUGGACAGUGGACCAUUGUAUUUGCAAUACUUUUUCAUAAUGUCACACCCUGACCUUAGUAUCUUAGUUUUCUUUAUUAUUUUGGUUAGGUCAGGGUGUGAUUAGGGUGGUAUGUGUGUUUUUGUCCUGUCUAGGGUAUUUUGUAUAUCUAUGGGAUUUUGGUAUGUCUAGGUAAAUGUAGGUCUAUGGUGGCCUGAAUUGGUUCCCAAUCAGAGACAGCUGUUUAUCGUUGUCUCUGAUUGGGGAUCCUAUUUAGGUUGCCAUUUCCCAUGUUGGUUUUGUGGGUUAUUGUCUAUGUAUAGUUGUCUGUGUCAGCACUAGUGUUUAUAGCGUCAUGUUAUUGUUUUGUUGUUUUGUUUGUUUGACUAUUCUUUGUGUAAUAAAGAGGAAUGUAUUCUCGUCACGCUGUCUCCUCGUUACGACGAACGUGACACAUAAUGUGAAAUGUCAACCUGUUAUUAAAUCCAAAGGUUCACAUACUUUUUCCAACCUGCACUGUGAAUAUUUAAACGGUGUGAUCAAUAAAGAGAUUAUAAUUGUUUGUG